AUGGCUAGUCUCUACCUUGUUCGUGGCAUCCUCAUGCUAACUCUGGUCCUCCUCAAUAUUCAUAUCCUCAAAUCUAAUUGUGAGUCCAUCACUAGGGAUUCUGAGAAGGCAGCGCUUCUAAAGCUUGAGCAAGACUGGGGCAAGCCUGCGGCUCUGAACUGGAGUUCCAUCACAAACACCGAUCAUUGUGAUUGGUCAGGCGUCAUUUGCACAGAUGGCUUUGUAACAGGUUUAUCACUUGCUGGCCGUGACCUCUACAAGCCAAUUCCAAAAGCAAUUUGCUCGUUCAAGAAUCUAUUUUACAUCGAUCUAUCCAAGAACCAAAUAUCAGGUUCUUUCCGUACAUCUAUUUUCAAUUGCUCUAGACUUCAGCACCUGGAUCUCUCAUUCAAUUCAUUGUUUGGUUUUCUUCCUGCAAACAUCCAUAAAUUGUCACCAAAGCUUGCCUAUCUGAACCUCGCAUCAAAUAGCUUAUCUGGCAGCAUCCCAAGUGCAAUCUGCCAGCUUCAUGGUCUUCGAUUUCUCCACCUUGAUAACAAUUAUUUUAAUGAAAGCUACCCAGCAGAGCUUGGAAAUCUCUCAGAACUUCAAGUUUUAUCUCUUGCUUAUAAUCCCUUUGCUCCAGGCAGGAUGCAUCCACAGUUUGGGAAUCUGAGCAACAUAAAAUAUUUGUGGAUGAGCAACAUGAAUAUAGUUGGUGAAAUUCCAGAUACCAUGUCUCUGCUGAGUCAACUUAGGCUACUCGACUUGUCUUCUAACAGAUUGAAUGGGAUGAUUCCUAGUAGGGUUUGGAGGUUGAGAAGUCUGGAAAUGCUCUAUCUAGUCAACAACUCUGUGUGGAGAUUGAGGUCCAUAUUCUUGAACAAUAACCAGCUUAGAGGCAGUUUUCCAAGCAGCCUAUGGUCACUGCCAGAGUUGACUAUGAUUAUGAUCCAGGAAAAUGGUUUCUCUGGCUCACUGCCAAAAAACAACUUCAUCUCUGGUGAAGUCCCAACAAACCUCAUCCUACAUGCACCUUUGCAAGUCCUCGUCCUGGCUGGAAAUAUGUUAUCAGGGUUACUACCUUCAAGGAUCUGGUACAUGCAGUACCUAAAGAAGAUUGACCUUAGGAAAAACAAUCUCUCUGGGAUUUUUUGUUUCAUUAAGAUUAGGUCUAGGAAAAAGCAUGAGGCUCCAUCUCCACAGUGGAAGCUAACAACCUUCCAACCCAUUAGUUAUAAUGUUGAAGACAUUCUUUGUGGUCUUACAAACAAUAACCUUGUGGGUAGAGGUGGCUCGGGAAAGGUAUACAAGAUAUGCCUCGGUAACAACUGCAAGAUAGCUGUCAAGAAAAUAGGUAAUGGCCUAAAGAAGGAUGGUAUGCUGGAAAAACAGUUUCAAGCUGAAAUUGGGACUCUUGGAUCUAUCAGGCAUGCUAACAUUGUCAAGCUGCUUGGCUUCAUAUCAACCUCCGAGUCGAAGCUCCUGAUCUAUGAAUACAUGGAACAUGUUAAAUUGGCCAAUGAGGAUGUCAAUAGCAAUUGA